AUCCCAUUUUCUUUUUCUGUUUUGAUCCCUUAAUCUUACUUUUUCAUUCUUAUGUGGCGUUAGUUGUGGCCGAAUAGUAUUUGUGCCAUUCUCGCUUUUUCAUUCUUCUUCAAAUUAGGGUUCUACGGUUCAUCUCGUUCCUCUUAAUUCUUCACCACUGAAAUUUCUGGGGAAUGGGAUUGUGGACAUUACUCGAGGGGUUACUGCUUCUUGCAAAUGCGCUAGCAAUACUAAAUGAGGACCGCUUUCUUGUCCCUAAAGGAUGGGGUAUGUCAGAUUUUUCAGGAGGCAGGAAAAAAUCUUUCAAAGGCCAGAUUAUAGGUCUCAUUUAUGCGACUCAGUACCUAAGACUUCCUCUCAUACUUUUUAACUCCAUCUUCAUUAUUGUAAAGUUUGUUUCAGGGUGAUGCGCAAGGUGUUGGAGUGUUUCAUCCUAAGAUUUCAAGUGUUUUUAGGUAGGAAAAUUUGAAAAGUUCUAAUGUAAGAAUAUAUACAUUGAAAGUAUCUCUUUUGGGAUAUAUUAUUAGUCACAAAAUCACGAUUGCUACCAUGAUAUAUAUGCAGUCAGGAAUGGAGAUCAGUGUUAUUGUUACUUUAGCUGGGUAGGUGCUGUAUUCAUCUUUUAAGAUUUAAUUAAAAUGGGCCAAUGUCCUUGUAUUAUUUUCAA